AUGACCAAGGCAGACCUCGCCAAAGGCACAGGCCGACCCGGGCUCUUCCAACGGCUGGACACCGCAUACCGAUCCUUUUGCCAGCUGAGAGAUCUGACUCCGGAGCAAGUCGAUUCAUUUAUGCAGUCUUAUGUCAUCUAUGACCUUGACUGGCAGGAUGAAAAGCAAAUGGUUGAAACUCUUGGUCCGAACUACCAGGAGAAGGUUGGCGAAUGCUUAUCCAACUACUACCGGGUGCUUAAUCACCUUUGCGCCAUCGGCGAGCUCGAGAAGAUGUACAUACCGCCGAUCAUGGACUCGAACGAGGGUAUCACCGGCAAUCAAAUCUUGUAUGAGGAGAGCAUCGCCGAGGAGCUUCAAUUGCCAUCGAAUCCAAAGCUUCUGGAUCUAGGAUGCGGUCGUGGUCGGGUUGCAGCACAUAUGUCUCUCCUGUGUGGCGCUCAAGUCACUGGCAUUAACAUUGAUGCGGAUCAGGUUGCAAGCGCAAAAGCAUAUAAUGAGCAAUGUCACUUCAGUAAUGAAUUCGUGCGAAAGGACUUCAAUGAAUUGCCGCUCCCGCUCCCCGACGCCCACUUCGACGGCUUCUAUCAGAUUCAGGCUUUUAGCUUGUGCAAAGACAUUCCAAAGCUGGCCAGUGAGGUCUACCGCGUCCUGAAGCCUGGCGCACGCAUCUCGCUUCUUGACUGGGUCAGCUUGAACGCUUACAAUCCACAAGAUCCACAUCACAGGGAGCUCAUGCGCUGUGUCAAGCCAUUGAUCGGCGCUGUCGGCACUCCGACACCAGAGUCAAUGUGCCGCGACCUGGAGUCUGCAGGGUUCCGCAUCAUACGCCACAACAAUGCAAGCAUCGACGGCCUGCAAGCACCAUUGCUCGAAAUCGCAAAGGGCUACUUCGGAACCGCCAAGUGGGCAACCUUUAGCCUCGUCAAUGUUGGGCUACUCCCAGCUCAUUUCAAAACCCUGUUCAAUCGCUUUUCGCAGGACAGCGAUGCCUUCAUCGAGGCAGAUCGAUCACGACUCAUCACUACUUGCUAUCACUGGCUGGCUGAGAAGCCGCGUGACAUGGACGUUGCAGGAAUACCGAAGAGCGUCUCGCCGGCAAGCUCUGACUUGGCGGUCAAGGCGGACUCUUCGGCAAGCUCCGACUCCGAGACCAAAGCAACGAACACCCCAGCAAGCUCCAUCGACGACGUGCCUACCAACAAAUCAGCAAAGGCAGAAGUUGAGAAGGCUAGCAGCUCGCUGAGCUCAGGCGCUAUCACUACACCCAAGGCUGCUGUUGAGACGGCAGCAUAG